AUGAACGGCACCGACGUGACGUUGGUGGAUGGCGCCGGUGGGCCGCUUGUGGAGGCGAAUCUGACGGUGGAACUGGCAGCCAGUGGUGAAAAUGCACCCCUCGUUGACAGUCUGUUGGCAUUGGGGAUGAAUGUGACUGGGGCGGAACGAUGCCGGUUGCAGCAGCAGGCCGAGGAGCUGCUCCAGGACGUCGCCUGUCCGUCCUUCUUCGAUAUGGUGUCCUGCUGGCCUCGAACGCCUCCUGGCACGUUGGCCGUGCUACCGUGCUUUGCUGAGUUCAAGGGCGUGCAGUACGACAGUUCACAAAAUGCGUCUCGAUUCUGCAAUGUCGACGGUACCUGGGACAACUACACAGACUACGCUCGUUGUGAGCACAUCGCUCAGUCUUCACCGGUGCCUGAAUUUGAGCCGGAAAUAGAGCUUCCCUCCCUGAUCUACUACGUCGGAUACUCCAUCAGCCUGGCCUCGUUAGUGCUGGCCGUGACCGUGCUGGUGUACUUCAAUAACUACUCUGCCCGCAGGGAUCUGCGCUGCCUCCGGAACACCAUCCACAUCAACCUGUUUCUCACCUACAUCAUGUCGUCCAUCUUGUGGAUUCUCAUCUUAUCGCUGCAGAUCACUGUAAGGCUUGAGGUAACCGGAUGCAUCAUUCUUGUGACGCUGUUCCACUACUUUACUACGACCAACUUUUUCUGGAUGCUCGUCGAAGGGCUCUAUCUCUACAUGCUGGUCGUGCAAACGUUUUCCGGUGAUACAUUACGCUUCCGGAAGUAUGCCGUCAUUGGAUGGGGAGGACCACUGAUCUUCGUUGCAGCAUGGGCCCUCGCAAAACCGUUCUUUGGCUCCAACUCGAAUUUAGAACAUCCUAAUAAGCUCGAAAUAGAAUGCUCUUGGAUGCGCGAAUCUCAUAUUGAUUGGAUCAUUCAGGGCCCAUCCUGUGCGGUGCUGGUUAUCAAUCUUAUCUUCCUGCUGCGCAUCAUGUGGGUGUUGAUCACGAAGCUCCGCUCUGCAAACACCGUCGAGACGCGCCAGUACAGGAAGGCAUCGAAGGCGCUGCUCGUCCUGAUACCGCUCCUCGGCAUCACCUACCUCAUUGUCAUCUACGAUCCAGUUGAGGGCGUCGGAAGGCAUAUAUUUGUCGUCACGCGGGCCAUUCUCCUUAGCACGCAGGGCUUCGUCGUGUCGCUGCUAUACUGUUUUCUCAAUUCGGAAGUACGCCAAACGUUGCGGCAUCAUUUCUAUCGCUGGCGUGACGAACGCAACAUCCUGUCCGGCAAGAUGAACAACCAUCAUCGCAGGCCAACGAUCAGCAAGGACUAUUCGCCCCGCUCGCGAACCGAAAGCACACGGUUUUCCCAGUUUUCCCGCCCAGAGUCGAUGAAUUUUCCACCCGUUCCAUAAUCGCACACCAGUUUAAGUGGCUGCGUAAGGUAAAGCUUCAACGAUUCAGCAUUCGAGCGAAACCUUAAGUUAAAUAAAAUAUAGGUGAACGAGUGCAAGAUCGGCAUGCAUUAAGGAUCCCUUACGCGUGAUGCCAGAGCUAGCUAGAUUAGUUGAAUCAAUUGAAACCGAAAAAACAUAGCGAACAGAAACAAAUAAAAUAGAACCGCAUUGGUGUAAAAAAUGGAAAUUAUCUCAAUGUAUUUAAAAAUCAAUACAGAUAGUGAGCCGCUGUGAACUGCUGGUGAGUUUAUACCCUUCGUUAGAUACUAACUAACAGGAUAAACACAGAAAAACUAUCAAAACAUUUAUCGAUGUUCAAAGCAGAUAAAGCAAACUUUACCAAAUGAGAAAGCACACAGCAUCCCUGUGGUAGCACUCAAAAUGAAUGUUGUUAAGAAACGUAGCAUUGAAAAAAGCCUAAUUAAAGAUCACUGAACUGAUCAAGAAUGUCAUGAAAGAGGAACAUGAAAGCUAGACAUUCUAAGAGAACAAAACCUAGGGUUAACUAGAAAAAGAUAAAGUGGAUCAAACGAUUAAUGCAACAGUAACUAGCCAAAUCUAAUGAUAAAGCUGAACCUAACUAUAAGAGAUGUCUCUAUGCAACUGUUGAUUGUCGGGAUAAAGUCGUGGACAUUUUUUGAAUGUAUUUUUGCUGUAAAUAAGGUACAAAUAAAUGAA